AUGGAAGCGAGGCGAGCAGGAAGUAGCGCGGCUGAUAAUGUACACCUGGAGGUUGACACACUCGUAAGGCUGUUUCAGGAAGGAUGGGAAGGCAGAGGCACGGGAAGAGGGUGCUGCAGAGCGAUCCCGGCCCGCACCGGAAGGAGGAGAAGAGCGCCGCGCCGCACCGCAAGGACAAGAAGAAGAAGCCGGACAUCGGGAAGCUCUUCAUCAACAUCUCCAUCGGACUCUGCAUCUUCAGCCUCGUCUGGUUCUUCUACGCCCUCUACAUGCGCUCCUCCCUGGCCAAGAGGGUGAUCACCCUGCACCCCUCCCCGCGGGUUCUGGACGACAACAGUACCAGUCCUGCCGUGUCCCCGGAAAGGUUCUGGGGCUCCUACAGACCCCAGGUGUAUUUCGGAAUGAAGACCAGGAGCCCCCGAUCUGUCGUGACAGGCCUCAUGUGGAUGCGGCAGUUCUCGGAGAUGGACGUCAGCCUCCGGCACACCUGCGAGCAGGGCGACCGGCUGCAGAGCUACGGCUGGCUGCUGCACGACGGGCUCAGCUUCGGGGUGCAGGAGAUCCGCGACAGCGACUUCACCCUCACCACCGAGUUCGUCAAGAGGAUGGGCGGCGAGCACGGGGGCGACUGGACCUGGAGGAUCACCGCCAAACAGCACAGCUCGGCUGCGCAGGCCCCUGUCAUCUCGCUGAUGUUCUAUGUUGCCACGGAUACGCAGGGUUCUCUGCAGCCUCAUGUGGAGGAGAGGAACCGGCUGGGUUCCAUCACGGGUUCCUCCGAGGAGCUCGGGAACUUCAAGAUUACCUUCCGAAAGCCCUCUGCCGGAGAGGCAGCUGGUGACAAGUAUGCCACCUAUAAUUACUUGAAGGCAGGGAGUCAGGGGCUGGAGAAGCUGACAGACAUUGUGCGGAACAGCCUGAGCCGCCGGUUCCUCUUUAGCCCUCCGUCCGGGGAGAAGAGGCCCUACAUCGCCGUGGAUACGCACAAGCCCCCUCAGCAUCAGCACCACCAGCAGCAGCAACAGGACCCCAGGAAGGAGAGCGACUUUGUGGUGCACCAGGUGACGGUGCAGACCCCCUUCCAGGUGGAGGUGCUCUUCGAGUCCGGGAGCUUCCGGGACCGGCCCGACCAGCUGGUGGGUGCGGUGAUGACCGAGGAGCUGGAGAGGAGGAAGGCCGCCUUCGACCUAAAGUUCGAGAGGACCUUCGCUCUGCAGAGGAAGGGCUACACCCCGUCCCAGGUCAAGUUCGGCAAGGGGGCGCUCAGCAACAUGCUGGGAGGGAUGGGCUACUUCUACGGCCAGUCGGUGGUGCAGUCGGCCUACAACGAGUACCCCUUGCUGUACCCGGAGGGGGCGCUGUACACCGCCGUGCCCUCCCGCUCCUUCUUCCCGCGCGGCUUCCUGUGGGACGAGGGCUUCCACCAGCUGCUGCUGGCCCGCUGGGACCCGCAGGUGACGCAGGAGGCCACGGCGCACUGGCUGGACCUGAUGAACGCCGAGGGCUGGAUCCCGCGGGAGCAGAUCCUGGGGGACGAGGCGCGCAGCAAGGUCCCCGCCGAGUUCGUGGUGCAGCGCAAUGAGAACGCCAACCCGCCCACUCUCUUCCUGGCGCUGCAGGAGCUGCUGGAGCAGCUGCCUGACAACGGUGGUGACCCCGCCCACCCCACCGUGCGCUUCCUCCGGCGCAUCUUCCCGCGGCUGCAGACGUGGUUCGAGUGGUACAACACCACGCAGGCGGGGCCGCUGCCCGGCUCGUACCGCUGGCGCGGGCGCGACAGGGACACUGAGCUCUUCCUCAACCCCAAGACGCUGACGUCCGGGCUGGACGACUACCCCCGCGCCUCGCACCCGUCGCCGGAGGAGCGGCACGUGGACCUGCGCUGCUGGCUGGCGCUGGCGGCGGGCGUGAUGGCGCGGGCGGCCCGGCUCCUGGGCGAGCCGCACGCCACGUACGAGCUGACCCGCCUCGCCCUGGCCAACGGCACCCGGCUGGACGAGCUGCACUGGUCCGAGCAGCUGCGCGCCUUCGCCGACUUCGGCAACCACACGGCGAACGUGUCACUGCAGCCGGAGAGGGUGCACGUACCGCCCGGGACGCCCCGCCACCAGUUCCCCGCCGCGCGGCUCGUCCGCGCUGUCCGCCGGCCCCCGAAGAUGCAGUACGUCAACGCCCUGGGCUACGUCAGCCUCUUCCCUUUCCUCCUCCAGGUGCUUUCCCCCGACUCGCCCCGUCUGCAGCACAUCCUGCGGGACAUGAGGGACCCCGAAAAGCUGUGGACCCCCUUCGGCCUGCGCUCGCUGUCCAAAUCCGACCCGCUCUACAUGAAGCGCAACACGGAGCACGACGCCCCCUACUGGCGGGGCCCCAUCUGGAUCAACAUCAACUACCUGGCCGUGCGGGCACUACAUCACUACGGGAACGCAGAGGGGCCGUACCGGGAGGCGGCGGCCGCGCUGUACCAGGAGCUCAGGACUAACGUGGUCGGCAAUGUUUACAGACAGUACCUGGAGACGGGCUACAUCUGGGAGCAGUACAAUGACAGCACUGGCAGGGGACAGGGCAGUCACCCCUUCACGGGCUGGUCUGCGCUGACUAUACUCAUGAUGGCCGAGCAGUACUGACCCCCCUUCCCCGCCCCCCACCCCGCAUCAU